GGCCACACACAAACACACGCAGUCACACACAGUCCUCUCAACCUUCAGAUCAGUGCAUUCCCACUAUGCUUUGCGAUGGUCUGACAAGUGGAUCCAAGAUGGCGUAGAAAGUAAAGCUAGAAGUUUUGUCCCUGAGUCAUGGCGGACAGGAGAGCGGAGAAGUCAUGUGAAGAAGCCAGCAGAUCGUUAGCCAAGCAGGAGUACGAGGCGGCAGUCAGCCAUAGCACGGACGCCCUGGUGGUCCUUGCACCCCAAGCCCCACCCUCCGGUGCUCCAGUCCCACCGAGCCCUUCAUCCCUUGUCGCUGCUGCCGGACUCCUCCGCAGCCGUGCCCUGCUCUACCGAAUUGCUGCCUUCUUGCAGCUGAAAAACUAUGAUGAAGCAGAUGAAGACUGCAAACAUGUCCUGGCAGAAGAGAUUGCCAGGGGAGACGGUUCGCUACAGGCCAGCUUGCGCUCAAUGCUUAUGGAUGGCAGCCUGCAGGAGGUGGCCAACAUCCUCUCUAAAGCCUUGUAUGGAGAGCCAAUGAAUGGCAUUGUCACAAAAGACCUUACCAGAUUAAAAAUGCUCUUCUCAGAAAUAGAGGCUAUAAAUAGGGAGAUGGCACCAGAGUACACAGAUGACCAGGAGGAAGAGGUCCAAGAUGGCUGGCAGUUUCGGCCUCCUCCCCGAGGAGUCACCAGCAGUGAGGAGUACACCCUCUGUAAAAGGUACUUGGAGCAGGGUCUGUGUCGGUACGGGGCCCAGUGUACGUCAGCCCACUCCCAGGAGGAGCUGAUGGAGUGGCAAAAGCGCUAUGCGUCACGCCUCAUCCGCCUCAAACAGCAGCAGGAGAGCAAACACUUCACUGAGAACUACAUGGAGACCCUGAUAGAGAAGUGGAUGAAUUCUCUCUCCCCAGAGAAAGUGCUAAGUGACUAUUUAGAAGGAGUGAAUGUAGAAACCAGCUCCAGCCUCUCUGUUACCGUCACCACCAAAAAAUCCUCCCACUCCUGGACCUUCUCCUUCUUGUGCAAGCCGGCUAGAAAGCUGUACCGAAUUGCGCUGCUCUAUGAUGCCCACCGACCACACUUCUUCAUCACAGGUGUGUCAGCUGGGGACCGGCUUCAAGCCCUCCCCAAAGGCUGCCAAGAGUGGACUCCAGCAGAGGAAACAGGAGUAGCAGCAGACAAUGGCCUGGACCACUGUCUCUACAAGGUUGCAGUGGGAUUCAGCACAGAAAUCUUUGGUACCUUCCGACAGACCGUUGUUUUUGACUUCGGGUCAGAACCUGUGCUGAUGCAGCGGAUCAUGGUGGAUGCUGCCUCUAUCGAAGACCUUGAACACCUGAUGGCAGCCAGGCAGCAGCUCUUGAUCACUGCAAAGCGCUGGGACUCUUCCUGUAAGACCAUCGUAGAAUUCACUCCUAAUGAAACGAUGGCAGAACUGGAGCGUGGCCUUCUUUCCCGCUAUCAGAUCCCUCUGUCGGCUGACCAGCUCUUCACCCAGUCAGUCCUGGACAAGACUCUGACCAAAGACAACUACCAGGCCCGACUGCAUGACCUGCUCUACAUAGAAGAGAUUGCACAAUAUAAGGAAGUUAGCAAGUUUAACAUCAAAGUGAAUCUCCAGCUGGUCACCAGCUUCAUGCUGACAGGCAUUUCUGUUGGAGCCAAGUAUGCCCAGAAUGGACAGCUCUUUGCACGCUUCAAACUCACUGAAACACUUUCUGAGGACACAUUGGCUGGACGGCUAGUGAUGACCAAGGUAAAUUCAGUUCUGCUGCUGCCAUUUGGCCGUGAGGGGGUCAGCAGCCACCCGCCUCCUGGGGUCAAAGAGCGUGUUUACGAAGCUGUGAUCGAGGAGAAGACCAAGGACUACAUCUUCCUAAGGAUCUGCAAGGACUGCUGUGAGGAGCUGGGGCUGCUACCUGACAGAGAAUUACAGGUGGAGCUCCAGUUCCAGCUGAACAGACUGCCACUCUGUGAGAUGCACUAUGCCCUGGAUCGCAUCAAAGAAAAUAACAUCCUUUUCCCUGACAUUGGCCUUGUCCCCACCAUCCCUUGGAGCCCUAACAGGCAGUGGGACGAGCAGCUGGAUCCCCGUCUGAAUGCCAAGCAGAAAGAGGCCAUCCUGGCCAUCACCACACCCGUCACUAUUCCCCUGCCCCCAAUUCUCAUCAUUGGGCCCUACGGCACCGGCAAGACCUUCACUCUGGCACAGGCUGUCAAGCACAUCCUCCGCCAGGACCAAAGCAGGGUCCUGAUCUGCACCCACUCCAACAGUGCGGCCGACCUUUACAUUAAGGAUUACCUCCAUCCUUACGUCGAAGCAGGCAAUCCACAUGCCAGACCUCUCAGGGUAUAUUUCAGGAACCGCUGGGUGAAGACUGUUCACCCACUGGUUCAGCAGUACUGUCUCAUCUCCAGCACACACAUCACUUUCCAGAUGCCCACAAGGGAGGACAUCCUCAGGCACCGCGUGGUGGUGGUCACCCUCAGUACCUCCCAAUACCUCUGCCAGCUUGACUUGGAGCCCGGGUUGUUCACUCAUAUCCUAUUGGACGAAGCGGCCCAGGCCAUGGAGUGUGAAACCAUCAUGCCUUUUGCUCUAGCUAGCAAGAACACCCGUGUUGUGCUGGCUGGAGACCAUAUGCAGCUCAGUCCAUUUGUGUACAGCGAGUUUGCGCGGGAGCGUAACCUGCAUGUGUCACUGCUGGACCGACUGUAUGAGCACUACCCCCCUGAAUACCCUUGCCGCAUCCUCCUGUGCGAGAACUACCGCUCUCAUGAAGCUAUCAUCAACUACACGUCAGAAUUGUUUUAUGAUGGGAAGUUGAUGGCAAGUGGGAAGCAGCCUUCCCAUAAGGACUUCUACCCUCUGACCUUCUUCACAGCCAGAGGAGAAGAUGUCCAGGAGAAGAAUAGCACUGCCUACUACAACAACGCAGAGGUAUUUGAGAUCGUGGAGCGGGUGGAGGAGUUGCGCAAGAAGUGGCCAGUGGCCUGGGGCAAGCUAGACGAUUGCAGCAUUGGAGUGGUGUCACCAUACGCUGACCAGGUGUUCCGCAUUCGUGCUGAGCUCCGAAAGAAGAGAAUGCAUGAGGUCAGCGUGGAAAGAGUGCUCAAUGUCCAAGGUAAACAGUUCCGGGUGCUGUUUCUCAGCACGGUGCGGACGCGUCAUACCUGCAAACACAAGCAGACGGCCAUCAAACGUAAAGAGCAGCUAGUUGAAGACUCAACAGAGGACCUUGACUAUGGAUUCCUCUCCAACUACAAGCUACUCAACACGGCCAUCACCAGAGCCCAGUCCCUGGUUGCAGUUGUGGGAGACCCCAUAGCACUGUGCUCUGUUGGGCGCUGCAGAAAAUUCUGGGAACACUUUAUCUCCAUCUGCCAUGAAAACACGAGCCUACAUGGCAUCACCUUUGAGCAGAUCAAAUCUCAGCUGGAGGCCCUGGAGCUCAAAAAGACCUACGUCCUCAACCCAUUGGCCCCAGAGUUCAUCCCUCGUGCCCUCAGGCCACUGCAGGGGCACCACUCUUCGCAGGUCCUACAUCCCCACCACCAUCCACAUCCUCAGCACGCACAGCCAGCCUCCAACAAGCAGGGUCCGCAGCAGCAGCAGCAGCAGCAGCAGUCACCCCCUAAGGGGAAACAUGCAAACCACGUCGAGCACCUUCCACCUGAAGGAUAUGUCCAACCCAACCCAGCCGUGCUAAUGGGAAACCCUAUUCGGGCAUUCACACCACCCUUGGGUAGCACACCUUCUGGCAUGGGCAAGUCACCCAGUCCUGUUCAGAGGAUAGAUCCUCAUACAGGCGCCAGUAUCCUCUACGUCCCAGCUGUGUAUGGUGGAAACAUGGUCAUGUCCAUGCCCCUGCCUUUGCCUUGGCCAGGUUACCAGAAUCGCUUUGCUGUGGACCCUCGUAUCAUGAGCCACCCAGCAGCUGUGGCCUACAACUUCAAUCUGUUGCAGGCCCAGAAUCGAGGCUCACCCAUUCCUUACAGUGGAGUGGCCCCCCCUCUUGGAAUGGGCCAGCCCAGCCCUGACAAGGAGCUACAGGCAGAUCCCAUCAGAAAUGGUAAAUUAGAGGGAUGCCGAAAGGCAGAACAGAGCCGUCUUCAGACACCAGAGAGGAAAACCGCAGACAUGAAGGAAAAACAGGGAGAAUUAGACACAGGCCAAAGUCGAAGUCUAGACUCGCAGGCAGAUGGGCUAGUUGGAUUUCCUAAUGCGCUGCUCCAUCGAAAAGAUCCCUCAGCUGCCCAAAGACCUCUCAACUACCACCUGGCACCACCCAACCAAGCUUUUCCUCCACAUCCUGCCAGUGGAAGAACCUUCCCCCCACAGUAUCCAGUCUCCAGGCUUCCUUAUCGGGUCAGCCAGCCUCAACACCCAGGGAUGGCCCCACAGAGUCAACAGCAACAGCUCAGCCCUGCAUACACUGGUGGUAGCCACAACGCUUCCUUCUUUAGUGGUCCCAUACCCCCCCACAGGGCUGUCCAGUCUCCCACUAUGGAUGGUCCGGAGCCUGGAGUGGUGGAGGAGAUGAGUAGCUCUAUUAGAACUCCAAUGGGCCAUUCAGGGGGCCACCACCCAGGCCUGUCACAGCAUAACAGGGUCAACAGCUUUGGGGAGGACGGACAGGAUGGAAGCCUGGGAGAUAGUGUGGACCUUCAGGGUCCAUUGGCUCUAGAGGCCCUGAGCCAGCAGCAGCAGGCAGCCAGACUGGGCCAGUGGGGGGAGGCUGCAGGCCCUUUUCUCCAGGGCAGCGUUGCCUUCCCUCUGCCACAACAGCUCGCCCACCUUGCUCAGCCCGGCAUAGCUCGCUUCCCCCAUCAGCUGCUCAGGGCAGCUAGUUGGGGCCUUAGUGCCAAUAUGGAGGAUGAAGCUGUCACUUCUGCCUCAACUGGGCCACCUUUCACCAGGUACCCGGGCCUCUUGAGAGAGAUGCCCCCACAGGAACAGUCUGAACGCAGGGAUGCUGCUGAGAUGCAGCCCCCACCUCAAUCUCGUCUCCUCCAGUACCGCCAGUCCCAGCCCCGUGCCUCAGGUGACCCUUCAUCCUCCUUAGCCGCCACCUCCAAUCAUGCAGGCCCUUUCCCAUCAGGACCUUACUCCCACGACGCAGGCCGCGAUCUCCUUAACGACACCCUUCUGAACAACCCAGCUCUACAGCAACAGCACCUGGGGAACCCCCUGUAUAAUACUGGUAGCUACCCACAUCAGCCACCAGCCCACUCUGCCAGCCCCCCUCCCUCCCAGGUCAAAUACCUUUUGCAGGAGGCCCAGUGGCCUCAUGGUGGAGCUCCGUCAGUGAGCCAACCACAGCAGAACCACCUAUUAGGGAACCAGGGCCACGGCCUUCCUUAUGGACUGCCCAUCAUGGCUCACCCUAACAGACAGGAGCAAGUCCACCUGAUGCAACUUCACCAUCAGCACCAGCAGCAGCAGCAGCAGCAGCAACAACAACAACAACAACAACAACAACAACAACAACAACAACAACAUCAGCAGCAGCAGCAACAGCAGCAGCAACAACACCAACAGAGUCAAGGUCCAGACCAGGAGUCCUACCACCCACUGUCCCCCAGAACAUCAGCAGCCACAGCCCUUCACAAUGUAGAUGAGUAUGAACCCAGAGGUCCAGGCCGGCCUCUCUAUCAGCGCCGCAUCUCGUCUACCUACCAAGAUGAAUCGUCUCCAGCCAACGCCCACAAUGCCCUUUCCCAGCAGUCCCAGCCCUGUACAUCAGACCCCCAGGACCACCCUCACCCGCACAUACAGCAUCAUCAGCACCCACAUGCCCCGUAUGGUUACCCCUCACAUGACCUCUGGCCCAGUAAUGGUGGGGGUCCCGGCCCGUUCCAGAACAUUCCAUGUAACGGAGCCGGCACACUUGCUCAGCACCGGGACCUUCUGGCUUCUAAGGCCCUUCGUCAGACGGAGGAGCAGGUGAAAGCCGAGGCCACAGCAGCACAGCAGACGCACCCACACGCCCUCAACUCCCUUCAGCACCUUGGACAGUUUCCUCCUCUCAUGCCCAAUAACAAGCAGCAGCAGCCGCCUCCGCCGCCGCCACCGCCGCAGGCUCCCACAGAGGCCAGCCAGGGGGCUCCCAAUUUAAGCAAACCACCCACCAUGUCCUAUGCCAGUGCCCUCCGCGCUCCACCCAAACCCCGAGCUGUUCGCCCUGAACAGGUCAAAAAGAACAGCGACCCUCUCUCCCUCCUACAAGAGCUGAGUAUAGGAAGUUCAAAUGGUAGCAAUGGGUAUUAUUCCUACUUUAAAUGAGUGUCACCCCUCCCACAUAAUAAGUGAUGAAAUAUAAAACUAAACAAAAAAAGGCAAAACUGUUUUUAAAAACACAAAAAAAAAAUAUAUAGUGCAAAGUGCAUUUACAAAUUGUUUCUAUUAGUAGGUUUGUUUUCUGCAUUUUGUUUCAUUUUAACUUUUUAUUUGUAACAGUCAUCUUUUCUCCUGUUUCACAUAUCUGUGAAGAAAAUAAGUAUAUAUAAUGAAUGCAUUACUGGUAUAUAUACAUACUCAUUAUGUAUAUAUGAAUAUAUACUUAUAUUAUCUACACUUGUAUAUGUACGUAAUGCUAAAAAAAAAAAAAAAGUUAUAAAAAAACAAAAAAAUAAAAAAGGCGAGAUUUGGUUGACCACUUAGCUACCUGCAUAUUUUUCCUUAUUGAAGUUGGUUUUGUUGGUUACUAAAUAAGUAUGUUGAAGUUUUUAUCAUUUUCUAUUCCUCAGUUUUGAGUGGACGUUACGUCUUGGUUUUCAUACUACUGUAAUUGUGGUAAACAAAAGCUAAGUGGUCAACUGACACAGAAACUACAUGGAACAGUGUAUAGAAGUAGAUACAUUUUCCUCUAAUCUGUAAAUAUAAAGAAAAUAAAAGACUGAAUUGUAUGCCACAGACAUGUCCUUAAAUUCCUGUAUCAUGCUAGCAUUUGCAUUAUGAAUUAUUUUCCGUUUGUUGGCUUCUGAUCCUUAAUUCGUAGACACCCUGGGAAUAGCUGGGAAUUAUCUUCAGUGAUUUAGUAAUACAUGGGAUUAUUUACUGAAAAAUAACUACAAAUAUUAAUUGCGUAUUUCACUUUUUAUCAUUGUCUCAUCAGCAACCAUAGAUGCAGUGUGAAAAUGUCAAAAUAGCAACAACCAUGUCAUUCCCCCUUUGUUUGUUUUAAGGAUCAGAGAACAUCAGACAUCGCUUUCUAUGAUAAGAUAAUCCCAAACUGCUUCGCUUGUGGCCGAUGCUCAGUCAUUUUAUUAUUUCUUUUGUUUGUGUCAACAAUAAUCUUCACCACGGAAAUUGUUUCAAUAACUGCUGGGGAUAUGAAAUGUUUUUAUUUUUUGUCACUAAUUGACAUUGAGGGGGUUUUUUUUUGGAAAAGGUUGCAGUAUUAAGGUUUGUGAAAGUGAAGAGUGGUGAGGUCAGACUGGUGUGUCAUGAUAGGUAAGUUGACACUGAGGAUGUGAUCAACACUGCCAGUCAGACGUUUUUGAACAAGCUAAAUGUUAGCAUUUUUGGUUAAAUCUAAAGUAUAUUGAAACUAGAUUCAUAGCAUUUACCCUGAAAUUAGAAAAUACAAAUCAGUAACACACUGUUGUGACCUUUUAUUUGAUUGGAAAUGGCCUGGAUCUUGGUCAACAGCAUACUGUAUUAUUCAGAUUGUUGAUGCUGUCUAUGCUUUUAACAUACUGUUGGUCUCACAGACGUUUUUCAGUCAUAGUUUCUAGAUGCCUUGUCAUAGUGUAAGAAGACCAUUUGCCAUUUUCUCUGUAAAAUAAUCGUUUAAUCUCUGAGUAUUAUGAACCUUACAAUAAACAAUCACGUAUCUCACCCAUAAGCUAGUAUUUGCUCCCAUUUCAACCAAAAUCAUUGACCGUAAAAUUCAAAGUCUAAAGCAUCCUUAUUUUUUGUUUUUCUAAUUUCAGGGCAUUCAAAGCAAAGAGUCUCUCCCCCCCAUAUCUCUUUCAACGCUCUUGAGCUUGAGAUUUAACCAAAAGAGUAAUGCAGUUACUAUACAGUAAGCUGUUCAAAGACGUAUGCCUGUUAAUGUGUGUCUUUUUUUUGUUAGACUGCAUAAUAAGAAUGAGUCGUUAAUGUCGUGUACGUUGUUCCUGGUCAUUCGGAGAACUACAUUAUACACAUUUUCAGUCUGAUUUUAUGGAUAUAUCAAUAUUAAAGCGGUAGAUUAAUCUCAUUCCCUUUAAUUUAAUUGAAAAAGCUCUGGGACUGUGCUUUACAUUUGUGACAUCCACAUUACUUUCUUCUCUCACAACCUAAAACACAUAAUGAACAUAACACAGGAACAUUCAUGUUUGAAUUCCAGUCAGUGAGUUGCUUGUUAUUCGUUGACACACACGGAGGCCACACAGCUUACAUGCACAUGAAUUUCACUGCUAACAUACUGAAGCCCCGGUGAUCUGAAGCCCCCCUGCAGGUGAAAUAUAAAAAAAAAAGAUGCCGAUACUAUUAUCUGCCAAGGUUGUUCCUUUUUAUGAUGAAAGCAAUACUGGAAACAGUCAUCCAGUGCUUGGUCCUGUUAUAUGUAAUUCAUUUUAAUUGUUGAAACACCACUGCCCCAUUUGAAAAUUGAUAAAAUUGUAAUAAAAGUAUCCUGCUGUUUCAUGGCUUUUAUAUGGCAGUUAGUCACUGUUAAAUCUCUUAAAAUGUCACUUCCUCAAAAAGCUAGUACCCCACGGCUUAUAACUUAGAUGUGUUUUUAACAGUCAGCGGAGAGCUUCACGGUUUUAUUUGUACGUUUUUAAGUUUUGACAUUGUAAUUCAAAGGUCCAGAUUUUUUGACUUGGCGGAGAACACAUACUUGUAAAUAUGCAUUUUCUAGGUAUUUACAAACACAAACUUUGGGAUCGCCUCAAUUUUGUAGAAGCUGUUCAAAGAAGAGGUAUGCCCUUUUUAAUUAUGCAAAUUCACAAAAUAAUAAUUAUAGAAAUGGACAACUACAACAACCCAGUUGCGACAUCUUGUUGUAACCUUUUAGAUUCUUUUUUUCUUUUCUUUUUUUAAGAAGGUGUCUGGCUGAUUUGACAAAGAGGAGAAUUUCUGUUGCAGCUGUUAUAAGACGACUUAUUUCACUGUACAAUACAUAUUUUUAAGUAUAUGUUGCUGGAUUUGUCCUGUUCUGUUUUCUCACUGCUAUACAACAAUCAACAUGGAUUCUUUCUUUUUUCUACAGUGAAGACUGUUUUCUUUUCGUGCAUGUUGAGAUGACUUGGCUGGUUUUUAUCCCUGUUUUUAUGAGUUUGUUGAUUUGUGGAUUUAAAAAAAAAAAAAAAAAGAAGAAAAAAAGCUUUUGUUCAAUCUACAGAGUCAAAUUUUGGUAUAUUAUUUGAUGUGUACAAUAACUUGUGACAUUAUCAACAAAACUAUUAUGAUAUUUUACUAACAUGUCAAUCAAAUAUGUAAUGGUCAUGUAAGUUCUUUUUUUGUCUGCAGUUACUUAGCAGGGCUAAAGCUGAGGUUGCUCCCUGGUGUGUGUCGUAGUUACGAAGCUUUGGACGUGUUUGUUUGGGGAAUAAUUUUUUCCCCCAAGCAGUUGUUGGCUAAUCUCUGAAGUUGUGCAAUACUAAUAUUUCACCGCUUCUUCACUUUUAUUUAUUUUUGAAGCAGAAGAGAUUGAGCCAAAGACAUUUUAAAGGGAUUUUAUUUACAACCUUUCAUCAUUGCUGGUUUUUAAGGCUUCAUUUUCAAUUUUUUUUUUCUUUUCUAAAAUGAGUUUGACAGGAUCUUUGCUAUGAAACUAAGGGUCUUAAGUCUUGUAAUGAAGUUGGAUUUGAAAUGUUUUCACCACCCAAUAUUGCACCAUGAAUCAUCAUAUGAUUUUUUUUUUUUUUUUAAAUAAUCUGUGUUGCCUUUUAAGACCAGAACCAGACCAAAACCAGCUUGUGUGUGUGGCACAUGGAAAGGGAGCAACCUUUUGCCCAGCCAGUAGAGAGCACUGUGUUCAGCCUUCUAUAAACGCCACAUCUCUUCCUGUUAUCUGUUUGCUCUCCUCUGUUCUUCCCUCGCUGCAGUGAAUCAAUGGCACACCUGUUCUCCCAGCCUCCCAGUCCCAUUGGUUCCUCCCUCGUGGGUACAAAAUAAUGAAUAGAUCUGUUUUACUCUUCUUCAUUUCAAUUGGUGGUGGUUAUAAUAAAGGUUUUAGACUGUG